AUGACGUACGAGAAGAAAGCUGUCCAUUUCGGCGGCGGCAAUAUUGGUCGUGGCUUCGUCGCCGAGUUCCUCCACAACUCUGGCUAUGAGGUCGUCUUCAUCGACGUCAUGGACAACCUGAUCGAAACUCUCCAGAAGACUCCAUCGUACACCGUCACCGAGGUGGGCGAUGAAGGCGAGCGUGUCUUCACCAUCGACCACUACCGUGCCAUAAACAGCAAGCAAAACAUGGCCCAGGUCGUCGAGGAGAUUGCUACCGCCGAUGUCGUCACGUGCGCCGUGGGCCCCAACAUCCUCAAGUUCGUCGCCGAGCCUGUCGCAAAGGGCAUCGAGGCACGCAAACUCGACUACCCGCUUGCCGUCAUCGCCUGCGAGAACGCCAUCAACGCCACCACCACCUGGAAGGGUUUCAUCGUCAAGUACAUCGAGGCCCACCUCAACAAGGAUACCCUGAACACACUCGACCAGCGCGCCCGCUUCGCCAACUCGGCCAUUGACCGCAUUGUGCCUCAGCAGGAGCCCAAUGCCGGCAUGAACGUCAAGAUCGAGAGCUUCUUCGAAUGGUGCGUCGAGCAGAAGCCCUUCGAGAACGGCGGAAAGAAGCCCGACAUCAAGGGCGUGCACUACGUCAAUGACCUCGAGCCAUACAUUGAGCGGAAGCUCUUCACCGUCAACACCUCCCACGCGACUGCCGCCUACUACGGACACAACCGAAAGAUCUCUUGCAUACACGAGGUCAUGGAGAACCAGGAGCUGCACGACAUUGUUCGCGCCGCCGUCAGGGAGACUGCCAAGCUCAUCGUCGACAAGCACGGCAUCGAUGCCAAGGAGCAGGACGAGUAUGUCGAGUCCAUCGUGAAGCGCAUCUCCAAUCCCGCUCUCAGGGACAACGUCGAGCGCGUCGGCCGUGCUCCUCUGCGCAAGUUGUCCCGCAAGGAGCGCUUCAUCGGUCCCGCUUCCCAGCUUGUCGAGCGCGGCCAGCCGGUCGACGCUCUCCUGGGCGCCAUCGAGAUGGCUUUCCGCUUCCAGAAUGUCGAGGGUGACGAUGAGUCCUUCGAGCUCGCCAAGAUUCUUAAGGGCAACAGCGCUGAGGACGUCGUCGCCAAGGUCACGGGUCUCGAAAAGAGCCAUCCGUUGUUCUCCAAGAUCGUCCCCAUUGUGGAGAAGGUCCAGAAGGAGUCUGCCUAG